AUGGCCUCCUUCGUCGUCUCCCUAUGGCAAUCCAUCUUCGAGCCAGGAACCACCCCACAACUACUAAUAGCAACACAUCUAUCAUUCACAGCAUUGAUUGCUACCUUAAUAUGGUUGAUCUACGCAACAAAUGGUAACAUCCACUUCUACAUCCUACUAACCAUCGCCUCCCUCCUUUGGAUCACCGUCAUUUGGUUCAUCCAAGAACUGAAAUCUGUUCAAUUGAAAAGUAAUGAAGAACUGGGCAUCCCAAACAUUAACACCAACACCGACGACGAAAAGAAACCUGAGGCAACUACCACCGCUCGCAAGUCCACCAAUGGCAAAACCAAGUCCAGAAAAGUAUAA